AUGAUGCGACCUGCUGACUCCAGCAGCGAUCUAAGAGGGCCUUUCUUGAGCGAGAAUAAUAGUGAUGCGCCGUCAGUCCCUCACUAUUCUCCCUUGGGUUUAGAUGACUCUCCCGUCAUCGUCCUCAUCAAGACCACCGAUAAUACCGACGACAUGGAAGAUGGGACUUCCCAAACGAGCAGUACUACUACUGAGACAAGAAAUCAGCAGAUAUUGUUGGAGGUUCUCAAGUUUGUGCACGUGUGGACACGACGAGGGCAGUGCACGGUUCUUCCUCCUGUGUUGGUGUUGGCCACGUUGCUGGCACCAGGUCCCGCCUUCACAAACUUCGUAUGGCUGGUUGCCAUACUAGCAAAUCUUAUUGUGUUGUGGGUAGCUGUGGUGGUUCUUCCUAUUGGGGAUUACCCUGAUGUCCGAAUGAUAGAUUUGGCACCGACGGCGGCCCUCUUCGGCGCCUAUUUUGCCGUGGCAAAUUCAGGGUGGCACGACUACUACGACAUCACAGUGUGGAUCAUGAUGGCGUAUAUGUUUGGCAGUCUUAUUUGGAUGCAACUCACCAUGUGCGCAAAACGGUUUUGUCUUAUAAAACAACAAGAGCAGGCUGACUUGGAGGCACGCCACCAAGGAGAAGAAGCGCGAGAAGCACGGCUAGAACGACAGAUCGCCAAACUUGGUCGACCAGAACCGUCGCAGACAAAUCCGGGUCGGAGGGGUGAGUGCCUGUUUCCAGCAAUACUUGGUUUCCUCUUUCUGUGGUCUGUGAUAUUCCUCUUCUUUGUCGACAUGAACUGUUUCGUGCGUUUGUUGCAAGUGCACUGCACCCCCGGAAAGGGGAGGCUCCUGGAAUAUUUAUAUGUGGGUGGCUCAAUGAAUAUGGAUUAG